CGUACGUACGUACGCACGCACGCACGCACGCACGCACGCACGCACGCGCGCGCGCGUGCGGAGCACCCUUGCGCGGAUUCCAGUGAACGCGGCGGGAGUAGGUCGCGACUAUGAGUGAAUCGCGCUUCUCUCGGCUAAUUACUACUCAUCGAUGAUAAUUGAUAACGUGGGCGCAAUUAAACGCGACGUGCUCUCUCGCUCGUACGAUCGAGUGUUCGCGCCAAGUUUGCGCGAGUGUCAGCCGCCAGAACGCUGGCGGCUGCCGAGGGUGAAUAGUGACAUAUUCGAGAGGCGAUUCGACUGAUCGGUCGCGGGUCAAGUGUCGCGAGAUAACGACGAGAGAUAUCGACAAGCGUUUUGAAAUUGUCAGGAAGGAGUAUAUCAGGACGAUAUAUCAGGAGACAGUAAGCAGAAAUAGUUGCAGAGCGCGGCAAGUAGUGACGGUUUGUAACGAAGGAGACAGUAGUCGCGCGGCAGAUUCCACCGCCACGGGACUCAGUGAUAGCGGCUCGCGGUGGUCAGACCGGCUGACAGAAGGCUUCGGUGGAUCAGCUGACGGAGCACGAUAUCCACCACAUCGUGAUAUAAACGCACUAGACAGAACGGAGUAUACAUAUAUAUCUAUCUAUGUUGCGGCAUAUGUACAUCCGCGAUAACAGCGAACAUGCGAGCACGUUUAAUCGACGCACAUAUGCGUAACCGUCGCGUCUCGCCACCGAGGAUUCAAUUAAGCCUACCGUUCGAGGAAGGUCAAGUACGCUAUGCGAGCGACGGGCUAAGGGACCUGAGUUUUAAUUAAAACUCGCCCAUGGGAUUCCCAUUAUCGCGCGCGCGCGCGUCUCGUAUUCGGGAUUAAUUAGCUGCGUCGGAAAUAAGAGCUAGAUAAAAAAGUGAUUGCCGCUAGCUCGUAUGUUGUCCUCGUAACACUUGUGUGACAGUUUUUGUGCGACGCAUCAGGAGCUUCUCGAGCCCGUCCUCGUCGUCAUGAACGAGCUUCUUCUCUGGUCGCGCUGCGGCUGGCUUGGUUAGUGAUCGUGACGAUUUUAACGGCGGCACUUUAAUUACAAAUGCACCUUUGCGAGUGACAGAUAGUGCAAUUGCGAUUGGAGUUAAAAAUCAUCAUUUCGAAGCUAGAGACGGGUAGAAAAAGUAGAAAAUAGCGAGCGUCCUAUAUCCUUGACGCGCUUCUGCCAACGAUGUUCAAGUAGGACGAUUCUUGGUGAUUGGCGAUAGCUCGUUCUAACGCACGGAAGGCGCGUAUUAUGUGAGGAGGAAACCGCGACGAGGGAAACGAAGAUGUCCGCCGUCAGCGUCGUCGCAUGGUUGCUUGGCGCCGUCGCUUUAGCUGCGAUUAAUAAUGAAGUACACUGCCACAACAUGCCAUACGGCGGCAGCGGCAAGAACAGCGACACAUACAACCAGAACGCUUUGGAGGAGGCCACACGAUCGGGACCGUAUUUCGACAAAUCGGCCUCGAAGAACGUGACCGCCCUGCUGGGAAAGACCACGUAUCUCAACUGCCGUGUCAAAAAUUUGGGGAACAAAACGAUGACGCUACAAGUAUCGUGGGUACGGCACAGAGACGUCCAUUUGCUCACAAUUGGCCGUUAUACGUACACGAACGACCAGCGAUUUCGAGCGAUCCACAACGCUCAUUCAGACGACUGGACGCUUCAAAUAAAGUAUCCACAACAUCGGGACAGCGGUAUUUACGAGUGCCAGGUCUCCACGACGCCCCACAUGAGUCAUCUAGUCCAUUUAAAUGUAAUCGAGCCAAAGACCGAGAUUUUAGGUGCGCCGGAGCUGUUCAUCAAUCGAGGUAGCACCAUCAAUCUCACGUGCGUCGUCUUGCAGAGUCCAGAACCACCCGCCUACAUUUUCUGGAAUCACAACGAUGCGAUAAUCAGCUACGACUCGAGCAGAGGCGGCGUCUCCGUGGUCACGGAGAAGGGUGACAGCACGACGAGUUUCCUCUUGGUGCAAGAAGCGAAGCCGUCGGACUCGGGACGGUACACUUGUAACCCCAGUAAUGCUCAACCGAAAUCGAUCACUGUACACGUACUCAACGGAGAGUAUCCCGCGGCAAUGCAGCACGGCGGUCAGGCCAAACAACCGAGGCUGUACUCCCUUCUGCUCUGCCUGUGUCUGCUACUUUACUAAUUGCUCCAUUCCAUCGCGCAUUUUCGUAGGGAGAAAUCAGAAGGCAGUUUCCAGAAAGCGAAGAAAAAGGGAGCGAACGAGUGAAAGAACGAGUGAAUGAGAAUAAGAGUGUACGAAAGAGAAUAAGAGAAAGAAAGAGGGGGAGAGAGAGAGAGAGAGGUAUUUCCGUCACGAGUUGUGCGAACGUUGCCCAGGUGUCAUGGAAGCCACAGCGAGAUACGUGCGACGAUGUGCAUCCGACAGAGACGCUUUUGACUGUGUACCGGAACGAUGAACUCUUUCGCAACGACGCGCCGUUUGUCGAUGCAACCGAGCGACGACGACGACGACGACGACGACGACGUGUCCGGAAGGGCAGCGCAACGACUACAGGAUGAUGCUUUUAACAAUGAGAACCGCGCGCGAUUCGGAAUUGCGAAUAUACAAUAAUACAUGUAAGAGAAAUCAUGAAAUUCCUAUAUGUAAUAACCGUCGAUGAACAAUCGGUUUUAUUAUAACAAUAGGUUGCUUAUUCAUAAAUAAAAUCAUAAAUUCGACCGAAAACAUGGAUAAUCAUUAUUCGUUGACUAAAACAUAAUUCUACAUUCAUGAAUAAAACUGAAUAAAGUGCAAUUGAAAUUAUUAUUCAAGAUGUCGCCGAAAUCACGCGUUUCCACAUUGAAUUCGUUUAAACAUUCUGAUAACCCUCUAAUAAUCCUUAAUUUAAAAUUCUCUUCGAGUUCUUGAAAGCAUUGGAACGUAACUUUCGCUCGACUCAUUUUGUAUUUCGUCCAAGAACAUCGAAUUCCGAAUCGUUCACAACUUAGAGAUCUUCGAAACACAAUCGACUACUCUUUUCAGUACAACUGCAAAUACUUCUAGUUUGAGAAAAACGUGAAUCUUCUGAGACAUCUUGUACAUCGCAAAUAACGAAAGGUAAAAUGUGUAACAUGUGUUCAGGCAAAAAGCGAUUGAGAAUAUGGAGAAGAGAAUACUAGAUACGCGUCGUCAAUGCUUGUUUUUCUCUCCUCCUUAUUCGAAAUAAUCGUUUCGAAUAAACUCGAAACGUCUGCCGAUCUCAUGGACUUUCUCAGCUGACAAGACUAGCGGCGCGUGGCGAGUGCAUCGAGGACGAGAGAGAAUCGGAGAGAACGAAUCGUUGCCAUGCAACAGCGGCUUUGACCAAGUAUAGCUUCGAAAUUCGCGCCUGUGUGACCAUCGGUUACUACGACCAGCGUGUACCUCUAUACCUCUAUACCGCGAUACAUCGAUUCUUCCUUGGCGGCAUGCACGAGGAACCUUUUGUCGGGAUCCUCCAGAGUCAGUCUCGUGUUCCAAUAUUGACGCCGCAUUUCCGGCCACUAAAGAGCGAACGGCGAAAUCUCGAAUUUCUACGCCGGAAGCGAUUCUAUUGCGGAGGCGAUUACCGGCGUAAUCGGAUCGCGCGUCUUUUCUUGCGACUCUUUUCUUACUGUUCUUACUGUUUCUUUUAUCGCAUGGCAUUUUAAAAUCAAUUAGUGAGCGAUAAAACCUGUACAACACGCGACUAUCGAUCGACGAGAGGUAGCGAUUUUCAGAUUACCUAUUUCUUGAAUUUGUCUCGACUAAACACUAUCCCGCUACUUGACAAUCAAAGGACGUCGUUAAGUCGGCGUAAAGCGGCGCAAUUAGCUUACGCGAAAUAGAAAUUGCGCGUUAUGAGAUUCAGCAGUAAUUACUCUUCUGUUCCGACAGUUACCUCAAAAGGUGCAGAAACAAAGAGAGAUUCAUCGUGUAUAAUGAUAUUUGUAUUAAAUUCAAUCGCGUUAUUUGAUGCGUUUCAAAAUUUCGAGGAAGAACAGAAUCUUUUAUAUUACAAAGCAAAACAUAUUUAUGUGAUAACAAUGCACAAAAGGAUUUAUCAAGAUAUAUUAAUAUUAAUAGAAUUAAUCCACAGCAUCCUACCUUUAGUAUGCAAGAUUUCGAGAUUUCGACUGGCGAUCGUAUCUUUGUCACAUAAAACAAAUUAAAUUUCGUAAACGCACUUCUUUCUGCCAGAAUUAAUAGAAAUAAAACGGCAUGGACAAAACGUCAGUUGAAAAUGUUUUACACAGUACGGGAUUAAAAUGAAAUCCUCUUAAUUAAUUCAAAUAUGCAGAAUCUUUCUUCAUAUGUAUGUAUUUGCAUUGUUUACGCAAUCCUACAAAUACAAAUCCAUCCGUGUUGACAAAGGAAAAGAAAAAAAAAAGAGAAAAAAAAACAAAUCGCGAGAUAUCAAGUAAAUUUAUUUUUCUACUUCUCGGGAGAGCAUUUCCCGUAGAAGACAGAAGAUAAUGAAAAAAAGUCGGUCGUGCGUGCAACCCGUAUAUAUAGCGUGCACGUGAGCGCAAGAAUGGCGUACGCGAUGAGAGUAGCAACGAGAACGCAUCGUCCUAAUCGAUCAAGUGUACGCGAAAGAUACGAGAUACGUUCAAUUCAAUUAGUUCUCGCAAUUUUCUUUUUUCAACAACUCUCUAUUUGUCUUUACGAGUGGUACGGGAAGCUUCGAGUAUAAUAUCGAAUUUCUGCGACGCUCUCAGCGUAACUCAUAAUUCUUGCUUGCGCUAUUGCUGUCCCAUUUGUUUCUUACAUUGCAGGUACUUUGUCUACUUCUCGUCGAAACAAAGUCGUUACGAAAGGAUUCAUUGUUCAUUAUUUUCUUUCGUGCUUCCGUUCUUAAAUCGUAUUGAAAUGCUGAGAUAAAAUUAUAAAAUUCGCAUUUUCCAUUUAGACACAUAUAUUUGAAAUUAUUAAAGAAUUCAAAAAAAAAAAAAAAAUCUUGCAAAAAUCUACUCAACUUAUGUUAAUGAAAUUAUUUCCGUAUACAUGUCACAGAAAUGCAUCAUUCGUUGAAAAAUCUUAUUAGAAAGCAAUCUCGCAAAAUUUUAUAUAACUCUUUGAUUCUCUCUAUCUUUUCAAAACGGACGGAAAUGAGAAGACAUUUAGAUAUUUCUCAUUUAUUGACAACUACUCCCAAUCGGGAUGCGCGCAAAUAGCUAUUAUAGUCGGUGACCGAUUUAAAAUACAUUUAGGAACUGGUAAACGACUUCUUGUUCGGCACACCGCAUAAUUCAGUAUGACCGCGUUUCGCUACCGUCGACGACGUCGGGUUCGUAACUAUUAAUAAAACUUGGAGCUGUCGCGAACGCGAACGGGAGUAAAUGGUAGCGGAAAAAUAUGAAUAAUGAAUGAAAAAAAGUGCGGGUAAACGCCUUGAGCUGAAAGCGCGUGUGCGUGCGCGUGAGUACGAAAGACGAGCAAUCCCUAGUAUCCGCAACGGAAGAACGUGAUUAAAAAAGUUUUCAACGAUCAGUAAUACAAUAGCUCGACCACGCGUAAGAACGCCUCUUGUCGACGUCGCUGUCGUCGUCGACCAGAUAAUCAAGUCCCUGUCUCUAGACCCUUAUUUCCCGGACAAAAAAGAUAGCGACCCUCGGCCCUCCGGCUGGUGGCUGGUGGCUGGUGGCUGGUGGCUGAUGGCUGCCGAUUGGCGGCUGGAGUGGACCCUUCCUCCAUUCUCUCUCCCAUCUCCCAUCUCCACAACCGGUUACCUCUUCAUUCUUCCUCCUGGUCGGAAAAUCAGUCAGUUACCAAACUACUGACAGGAAAAAAGUGCAUGGGAGUGGGUAGUAGGUCGCGUGACGACACUCGCCGAUCCGCCUUCAUUUAUCAAGUUAAACGCAAGGUACGCCACAUAAUGUCGGUAUCGAGGUUCUCCAAGCGGACGCGAUGUAUCUAUAUAUCGCUCGGCUUCGUACUCUACAUUAUGUUCUCGCACGUAUAUGCGCUCACCCUGCACGUCGCGCUCCCUGCAGCUGCUAAUCCUCCCUGUGCCCCUUACGAGCACUGGAUUAACGCGCGGUUUCAACGCGAUCAAAUCGCGAUCAUGUAUUAAUUCGACCCUUUCAACGAAAAGUAUCAUCGCGAGUGUAUCCGAAGUAUACAAUAUAUCU